GGAAGUACAGAGCUAAUGGUGAAAUGGAGGCCGAGGAGAGUGGGUCUACGGUGAUUCCGUUACCGCAAGAUGUAAAGUCCAUUGAGCGGGGAGGAUUCCAAUGCCUCUUGUGCGGAGUCAACAUCCCGAACCGUCCAAGCUUAACAGAUCACUUAAGCGGCCGGCGUCAUGUGCGGCUGUGUGAAGAGCGAGAUAGGCGCAAUCAGCAGCAGGAGCGCAGUGUGUAUGUCAGUCAUUUUCCACGUGAAACAUCUGAGGAGCAGCUGAGGGAUGUCUUUCAGAAAAUAGCUCCUGUCAGGAACAUAGUGAUGGAUAAGGAUCGGGGUCUUUAUGCAAUAGUGGAGUUUGAGAGUAAGGAUGGCAUGUGCGCAGCCUUAGAAGAGCCUCAAAUAAAUCUCAAUGGAAAACGUUUGCGGGUAAAACCACGGGAAAAGAAAGGAUUUCAAAGGAAAAAGGGAAGCACACCACGUGCACUGCAGCCUCCAGAUCCUGAAGCUUUGAGCAAGGAGCUGUUAAAAUGUUCCAAUGUGGAGGAUCAAAUGAAAAAAAUGGUUUCUCUGUGUUCUCCAUCUCAUCACGAGAGUCACCUACGAGAGUUACUGCUCUCACUGCUACAGGAAACUUUUACAGAGUUCUUUCCAGGAUGCCAGCUUCUUCCCUUUGGUUCCUCUGUUAAUGGCUUUGAGAUUAGUGGCUGUGACCUGGAUUUAUAUUUGGAGCUUGGAGAGGAUGAGACAGAGAAUGCAGAGGGAAAGGCAGACGAAAAGAUACAAAAUCGAGAGGAGAGUUCCACAGACAUGGAAGUAAGUAUGGAGGAGUCCGAAACAGAGAGGAAAGAAGAGGAAAUGGAAAUUGGAAACAGCAAGAGCGAUGAAGAGGAGGAUGUCACUCCAGGCCUGUCCCUGAAAGGUCUUUCCAGUGAGGAGAUACUGGAAGUAGUGGGAAAGGUCCUUCGUCAAUGUGUUCCUGGUGUACAUGGGGUUCAAAGUGUCCCCACUGCCCGUCGCCCUGUUAUACACUUUCAGCACAAGACAUCUGGACUGAGAGGAGAUGUCACCCUAAACAACAGGCUUGCUCUUCGUAAUUCAUCCUUUUUGCGCCUCUGCUCUGAUUUGGACACUCGAGUGCCGCAGCUUGUGUACACAGUGAGGUAUUGGGCUAGAGUUAACCAGCUUGCAGGUAAUCCAUUAGGGGGUGGACCAUUGCUGAAUAAUUAUGCAUUGACACUCCUAGUCUUCUUCUUCUUGCAAACAAGAAGUCCUCCUGUUCUUCCGACAUUAGUGCAUCUAAGAGAAGAAACUGCUAAUGAGGUCCCUCAAGUGAUUGAUGGUUGGGACUGCAGCUUUCCAUCAGAUACUACACAAGUUAAAGAGAGUGGCAAUCAGCAGAGCUUGAGUUCUCUCCUUGCCGAGUUCUUCUCUUUCUACGCUUCUCUGGACCUACAUUUGCUUAUCCUCUGUCCAUGCAAUGGUUUGACCGUUCCACUUCCUUUCUCCUCUUCACCACCUGCCUGGUCACAUGGUUUCCGUUUGGGACCACUCAAUAUCCAAGAUCCCUUUGAACUUAGUCACAAUGUCGGUGGUAAUGUCAGUUCUCGCACAACUCGUCGCUUCAUCUCUCACUGUGUAGCUGCUGCCAGGAUCUGCCGUUCCCCCAAUUAUAACUUGCAUUCUCCCUCCCGUCCAUGGGGAAUCACACUGAUUCUCUUACCUCCACCCACUGAGAAAGAGUGCAUUGGGAGAGCAGGAACUGAAAUCUUAAUACCUCUGGGAGGUGUAUCACUUGAAAAAACAUAUUCAGCUGUGAAUAGGGUCCUUGUGGAUGUAUUGUUGUGCACGCUGGAAGAAAGUGGAGAAGACAAUUGUCAGGAAGGAAAAACAUUGGAAUUAAGCACGAAACUCACAAAUGCUGAGCGUCAAGGAGAAAAGAAUGAAGUAAGAGUGGAAUUGGGGGAACAAGAGGUGCCGUGUAAAGCUGAGCACAAUAAUACUGAAGAAGCUACUGAGCAAAAAAUUGUCUGUAAAACUCAAGAGGGGAUGAGUGAAUCAGCCAGGAGAAAACGAGAAAUGACAGAGCCAUGCAUGAAUGACAUGACUAAUGGAAAGAGAAGAAGACUCGAGUGCACUGGAGCUAUUUGGGACAACCUAAACCUAGCUACAUCGGCCGUGGAAGAUGAAAUGUGUGAGGAAGUACAUAAAGAUUCAAAGACAAAGAUUGACUUCUGUAAUAAUGGCACAGCACAAUGUGAGUUGCUAGUGUGGCACCGAGUGUGGGAAGGCAGGCGCAAGGAAAGGAGGCGGAAGCAGAAAGAGGAAGCGGAUGGUGUGGAGCUGGAGGUUGCUGUGUCUCAAGCACUGGCUUUGGGCAAAGGGAACAAAUGUAAUGAUGAGCCACUGAUGAAAUUGAUACUAACAACUCAACUGACUGCCAAUCAAUCUGUGCAGCUUUACCUGACACCAAUAUUUGACCCCCAGGGCCUUAGCAUCACAUUCUUUCACUUUUUAGAGGGUUAUCUGCCUCGCAUGGUGGCACAAAUCCAAGGUUGUGGGGGAUCGCUGUAAGGAUAUUCUAUAAUGAAAAAUAAUUGGACACCUUUUUAAGGGAAAUUUGUAUUGGGCAUUAGCUUAUAAUAAGCUGUGGGUUAUGGUAAACAUCCAUUUACAAUUUAGUAUUUAUUUUCUGGUUUAUUUCAUCAUUCAAUUUCAUCUGCUUCCUACUGACUCCUGCAUAUAGGGGUUAUGCACAUGCUAGUAUGCUGAGAGUUACAGUAACUCCAUAUUGGCUACUUGCCAUGUUAUGUACAGCGAACUGGCUGCAUAGUAAAUGCAAAUAAAGCUCACAGCAGCUGGAAGUGGGUUACUAGAAACAGAUGAAACAGCAGCAGGAACCAAUAUAGAAAUGUUAAUUUUAUCAUUUCACACAACACUGUUCAAUUCCCCUUUAAGUAUUCUGGAAUAUUAUCAACAUCAUAUUUUUCUACCAGUUGAAACUAAAAGGAAGGGAGUUCUUUUAUUCCCAUGUUAUUGCCUGGUGUGAAUAGCACAUAUUCAUAACACCCGCGGAAUGGGGAGCUUACUCAACUGGGAGUUAUUUAUAAACGCUGGGCAGAUUUCCACCUGAGCAGUAACCAAUGGAAACCAAUCAGAUGCUUGCUUUAAAUGUUAGAGAUACCGCUGCUUAAUCUCUGGUUGCUUUGGGCUACUGCCCAGAUGCAAAUUUGCACAGUGUUUAUAACUAUUGACAUAAAAUGUAAAAAUGCAGAGAGACUUCAAACUGACACAGAUUAUCAUUCAUUUGCUAACAAAAUCUGUGGUAUGAUAAGAAGACUGUACAUUUGUCUCUAUGUCAAUAAAGCUUUAUAUAAAGUG